AUGGCAAAUUGGAAACUACACAUCAUAGUCGCAACAACCACCUUUGGAAUGGGGAUUGAUAAGCCUAAUGUAAGAUAUGUGAUUCACUAUUCAUUGCCAGGUUCUCUUGAGGGAUAUUAUCAGGGAACAGGGAUAUUGGGAAGAAAUGGGAAUAAUGCUACAUGA